AGGGGACGACGGCGAGAUCGGGCACACAUUGUUUAUGAUGCUGCUUUACACUUCGGAAUAGCUUUAAAACUUUAAUUCACACUAUUUUUCUGAGGGGACAUUAGUAUUUCGGCCGCAUCUCGCUGGAAGUUAAGUGUAAUGUUUUGGCUGCAUGUUGUAAAAUCCCUCUCACCACCACAGCCUCCUCCUUCGACACAUCCUCUCAGGAGUGAUGGGCUCUAAGUUGACCAGACAGAGAAGUCUCGAUUUUGAAAGCAAAUUGUCUAAGAGGAGACGCCAGAGGAAUGAAAACCAGGUGGAAAGCGAGAGAAGUGGCGACAGAAGAGGCGGCGGAGACUUCUUGUUUACCUCCUUGAUGCUCAGGUCCGACAAGCUCCCGGGGAUGCUGCGGAAAACAAACCACAGCCCGUACGUCCGCCGGGUGGCCUGGAUCCGGGACAUCCAGCGGCUUCUCCGGGAGCAGAAGACGGAGCAGGCGGCUGAAGUGCUCAAACUGCUGAGAAAGGAUUUGGGACUCCAGGGAACCUCGCUCAAUGAUAUUUUGUACAAGAACGCAGCUUUCCUCAACCUGGUGGACCCCAUUUCCCACGAACUGCUGCUCAGUCUCGCCCGAGACCUGCAGUGUCCAAAAAAGGAGAUCGACUCGUUCAAGUCCACCAACAAGAUCUGCCGCCAGCUGAUCUACCAUCUGACCCCGCACUCCAAGUGGACAAAGCAGAGCGUGCCCAGGAGGAAGUCUCAGGCCUGCCUGAAGACCACCCUGAAGAAGAAACUCUCCGGCGAUGUGGUGAACCUGUCCGGCAUCCCGCUGUCAGGCAGGGACAUCCACCGCGUGGCCUUCUACCUCCAGAGCAGCAGUGACGGCGUGUCAGCUGUGGACCUUAGCUUCACCGAGCUGCAGGACGACAGCUUACGGCUGCUGCUGCCCUCACUCAGCUGCCUGCCCAAACUGUCCAUCCUGGCAGUAAAUGGAAACCGUCUGACAGUGGCCAUCCUGAAAGAUCUGACUGAUGCUGUAAAGGAUCCUAAGAAGUUCCCUAAGCUAGCCUGGGUCGACAUGGGCAACAACGUGGAUAUCUUCACCGUGCCCCAGCCGCUGCUUGUGGCCCUGCGGCGCAGAUUUGGUUUACGCAGCAGCCUACCCACUAUUUAUGAGUACAAAGAGGCUCAGGCAAUGAGUGGCUAUGCACCAAACAUGGAGACGUCUGUGGAGGAGCCCAGUCUGUGUGAGGAGGGUGAUGGAGAGGAGGAUGAUAGAGAGGAGGAGGACAGGCUGGAGCUUCGAGCCUGGGGCUUUGGAGAAGAAAACAUAUCAAAAAGUGUGUCGUUGCACUUCUGUGGGAGGUGAUCGCUGAGAGCUGCUUUCUUUUAGUGCCCCUUAUUCCUUCAGAAUCACCCUGACCUAAGUCAAGCCCGCUGUGUCUGAGGUGUCGUGGUGGCAGAAUCUCACACUGACCUACAUGUUUCUGAAAAUAACUCUGAAAGAAGUGACUGUCUGGAUGCUGUGCCAUGUGAGACAGGCACAGAGUCUAUUUACUCAUUCUUCCAGGUACAGUUAAACCUUACAUUCUUGGAGUUUACAGAGCAUCAAGUUUUUAAUUUUUUGCCCCCACAUGUUAAAGCUUCCAGAUGUUUUCCUCUGUCCACUGGAGGUUAAGUGCCUUGCACAAUGGCACCUCAACAGUUUCUCCUGAGAAAGGUGGGGAAGUUGCUUACUUUUAAUCCUUAAGCACUUUUACCUAACUGGAUUGUUUCUCUUAAGCCUGAUUUAUACCUCUGUGUUAAAUCUAUGCUGUAGCAUGCACCGUCCAGAGGACCACACAUGUAGCUGUGUUCUCCUCAGUGAUGUUGAACAUAAUCAUUUCCACAAUGCAACAUGAUGCAGAUAUAGAUGAUUCUACGCCAACUAGCGUUACUUGGUGCCCCCCCCCCCCCCCCAACUUACCAAAUAUGCUCACAUUACUCUGUUUCCCAUUCAAACAGGGCUGCUGUCUCCUGAGUGCAGCCUACAAUCAGAAACACAAAUUCAAUCAGGGAGAAAUAGAAAAAAAGGCAGCUGAAAAAAAAAUUUCAAACAAGGAUGGACAAAUUCUAAUAUGUUUUUUUGUCCCCAUUGACAGUUUAACACCUUGUAGCUCGUGUUUCUAUACCGUCGCAAUCGUAAAAUGCAUCAAUGUCAAACACUUCAACUAGGCAACACAUCUGCAGAACCUGUGAAUUUGUUAUAUUAUGGCAUGAAAAAUAAAUGAACUAAGAGCCAGAUAUAAUCGAUCUAACCAGAAUCUUGACGCAAAGGCUGCAAACAAUGUUCCCUUAAAGUUACACCUGUUCUGAGUCUAUAUAAAAACCCUUUAAACAACAAAAGAGGCUACCUGUCACAUUUUCAGCUCAGAUUUAAAACCCUAGCACACUGAUCUGAAGUUCAUUCCUCUUAUUAAAGAGAUGUGUGAGAGUGAGGGAAGGAAAGAGAGUAGCAGGUGAUAAAGCUUUUCAAUUUCAACGUGAAGCAUUGUUUAUUAUAAUGUUUAUGGAAAGUAGAUGCAUUAAUUUGAGUAAAAGGGGCUCCAACCAAUCACUGAGUGCAUAAAUGAGCAUAAUUUUCUAGGUCAACAUGUUUUGUGAUAUUUUAAUGUUUUGAGAUAGUGUUUUUUUUAUUUUGUGACCUCUAAGCUGUAAUCAUCAACAGUAAAACAAAAAAAAGUAUUGCACCUGUAUGUAUCACAACAGCAAUUUGAUGCAGAAGUAUAAACCAGGCUUGAAAUGUCAACCCUCCACAUCUUCAUGAAACACAGGAAUAAGCCUACACACUGAAAAACUUAAUGAUACCCUUCUGUUUAAGAAAGAAAACUCCACAAUAACUUGAGACUGGCAAAAAUAACAAUGAAAAAAAAUAACUGAAAAUUUACUAAUGACUAUCAGACAUUGCUUUUGAAUUGUGGUUCAACAGAAACAUUUUAAAAAACAAACUAAUGAAACUGACCUGGACAAA